CUGACAACUGCGCAUGCGUCGACGCCAUCUUGGAACGGGUCGAGAAGAGCCGUUGUCAAAGAAACUAAGGAGUAUUUUUAGUUUCAUCAAAGGGCCGUAUUUUAAAAGACAAAAUGCCUUCCCAAUGCGGCGCAAUUGGCUGUUCAAAUAAAGUUGAUGCCGAUGCAAAGCAGCGUGGCAUAACGUUUCACAAGGUCCCUUCAAACCCAGAGAGGAGGGCAAUAUGGAAGAAAGCUCUGAGAAGAGACUUUGUGAUCACCAAAUACACGGUGAUCUGCAGCGCUCAUUUUGAGGAGAAAGACAUGGACCGCACCGGGCAGACCACCCGGCUCAGGGAGGGGGUCGUGCCAUCCAUCUUCAACUUCCCAGAUAAAGAAGAAAACCAGCCCCGGAGAUCGAAGAGGAAAAAAACGAAAACUAAAAGAGGCAGAAAAAACAAAGUAGGGAAGGGGACCCCAAAUAAAAAGUUUACACCGAAAAUCUAUUUGCCAGAAGAACCAACAAAAGCCCAAAAAGCGCGGAAGUCAAUCCGUGGGUCGAGAGGUGGAGUGAAGCUGGAGGCCAUAGAAACGGCUCUAACGGCUUCACAACCUGCAGCUCCAGAGUCUCCUGCUCCUCCUGAUGCUCCUCCCAUCUUCUCUGCAGAGGACCAUCACUACGCCAUCGACCCCGACAGCGUGAAGCAGAAGCUGGACGAGGCCUACGUGAGGAUCGAGGAGCUCCAGAAACAGCUCCGGAACUACAGAGACCGGAUGAGACGAAAGGACGCCGAGUUCAGAGUCCUGAUGGGAGAAACCAGGAGACAGAAUGAACUCAUGAGCGAGCUGAUGGAGGGCAGUGAGCUCUGGAUCCUCUGUGACAAGUGCGGAGGAGGAAAGAACUGAGAAAUCUACAGUUUAAGCCACAGACCGACCCUUGGACAGUCUAUGAUCUAAGCACUUGAGAUCGAGCGAUAUGGGGUUUUUCAUAGCCGUUGCUGAUGCCUAUUUUUUUAAAUUCAGAAAAACCCAUGGCCGAUAAACUCUGCUGAUAUUUUUGACCUGAUACCUAGAGCCGAUUUGAAUUAUUGUCUUCAAAUUGUGUCAUUUAUUUUGUCAUUUAAAGCUGCGUUGUGUAACUUUUCUGGUGGAGGGUCCAUCAAAUGCUUUUCUCCUUGAAGAUGUUAUCGCUUUGACUGGAAUGUUCCACAGUAUGAUAAUAAGACUUUCUAUCUUUAUGGAGACCAACCCAGACCAAGUUACAGGCCGGAUCUGUGGAGAGGCGACCCCACUCACAGUCAGAAUGCCUGUUUUUGUAGGUGUUUUUGAGCUAUAAAUCCACCUGUAAUUGAAUAAAUAUAAGGUCGAGCUGUUUAAUGUCAUACCAUGAAACAUUCCAAGCGGAGCAAUGACAUAUCCAUAAACUCAAGCAGUUGACAGACCCCCAAAAAAACGUUACAUAAUGCACCUUUAAAUUUACUACACACUCACCCACAUCCCUUUUUUUUAAGAACAAAUCUUUUAAGCUCCCAUCUUCGCACUAUAACUAUUAAAACAAGUGAUUUUAUGUAUUUUUUUAGGCGGCAUUUCAUCCAAAACAAAAUAUCGGCCUAUGCUGGAGAUUUAAGGUCGAUAUCCAGUGCACUAAAAAUCAAAUUAUUGGCCUAAUAUAUCAAUCUGGAUUUGUCUCUUAACAUGUUUCAGACUUUUAAACGAGAAAGCAGGUAUUUAAUUUUGUCUUAACUCGUUCUUAGUUCUCACAAAGCCUUUAACAAACUCGCAUGGAAGAAUUCUCAGACAUGUACGCAGCUUUAGAACUACUUUUUACACAAUACCCUAUACUCUAUCUAUCGAGGCUAAAACUCAUUUUACUCAAGUACAAAGUCAGAUAUAAUGAAAAUGCAGCUUUACAAGUUAAAAUGGCAAUAGAGAGUGGCUAUGGAGCAACAUUAUCUAUAAAUCUAAGCAGAGAGAAGUUCAUUCAAUUCAAAUAACUCAGCGUCUCAAUCAGAAUUUGUUGUUUAAAGUCAGUUCAGUUCUGCUUUAACUUUUUUGUGAACUGUUGGGGGUCUUUGGGGGAUUUUGAACACACUUUCUCUUAUUAUUUUGUAUUUACACAGUUAACUUUUACUAAAAAUUUAUCCCAACAGUUAUUUUGAAAUAUGUUUUGCGACUAGUAAAUCCAGAAGGGUGCAUUUCUUAGCCUUGAAAGUUUUAAAGUUCAGCAGAGGAAUUAGAGAGCUGAAUGAAGACCAAAAUGAGCAUUAUACUUGUCCUUUAAAUGCUGAAUUAUUUAAGUGAAUUCACUACUGAGAAUGUAUUGUAUUAUUGAAUGAAAUCUGGUUUACAUUUGUAAAUACUGUAAAAAGAUAUUUGCUUCUUUGCCCUAUUUUUGGCCAAAUCUGUACAGUUUUUAUUAAACACAAACCAGCUGA